ACUGUAUCUUGUUCAGCCAAGCGGUAAACAAUAGAAGUAAUUUUCUUUCUUUUUCCUUACUAACGAUGUUAUUGUGUCUAACGCUUAGAACGGCACAUUCGGCUUUGGUCUAUGCAAUAUACUAAGCAUGGAAUUUACAACUUCGUCCGAGAAGACAAAGUUUCAAUUAAGGAAGACAGCAAUGACAGGGAGGAGCAGCUGGCAUCCCUGGUCAGCUUUUUGUUGAAUUUGAAGGUAUAUCUGGAUAAGACAACAAAGGCAAUUGCAUCUCUGAAGACUGAACACGAUGAAAAGGAGAAGUGUUAUGACAGUGAAACAAACAGUCAAUUGGUCCUCCUCUCUGAGAUAAUAUGCCCUGAUAUUUUUAAGUCAAGUUUCAACACUCAUGGUCAACACUUUGCUCAAGAGCAUUUUAAAAGCUCACCAGAAAGUGAUUAUUAAAAUCCUUGUCUUUUUUAA